AUGGCGUCCACGGAGCUGCGGCCCGGGCGGAAGAAGGCCCUGGCCUUGGAGGACACCGAGCUCCGGUCCCUGAGAAUUCCCUCGACCGCACACCGGGGCUCCUUGUCGCCCUCGAAGCAUUCCUACCUGCCGACCCUACAAGAGCAGGCUCGGGAGGAUCGGCCGGUCGCGAUCAGCGCGCAGAAGUUGGUCAACGAGUCCUUGGCCUUGGAGGCGGAGAAGAAGGGCGGUGGACAUCUCCCAGAAGCUCAGGUACUGACCGACCUCUCUGCGGAUGUCUUGGAGAAUGUCAAGGCCGAAUUCGUGGAGAACGGCGGCGCGCUGAACGGCGAGGACUUCGUCCGCGCCAUGUUGAGGAACUUGGACCUGGACCGGCCCGGCAAAUCGGCGCGUCAGGACAAGGAGGGGGAUCCAGCGCGCAAUGCCGCGGUGAAAGCUGCUGCGGUCAUGGACCUCUUCUCCCACAUGGAUGUGCAUGGUGAGAGUUCCGUCACAUGGGAGGAUGUCUCCAACUACUUCAUCGAGCAGGGCAUGUCAGGCGGUGACGAGUUCACGGUGGACAGUAUCAAGACCUAUGAGGUCAGUCAAGUCAAGGACGUCUCGAAGCACGAGACGCCCGUGGAGAAGUUGGUCUACUUAGAAUCGAUUGAUUCCUUAGUGUGUCUCUCGCGGGGCUCGCGGCAGUUCCGGCUCUACGACCCGAAGCGCUGCGUGCUGAAGGACACGGUGCACGGGCACCGUGGCACCGUCAUCAAUUGCUGCUAUGUGGAUGCUUGGAGUCAAAUCGCCACCACCGCCGCAGACAUGACGAUCUGCUUCUGGGAUUCGCAUCUCCAGCUGCGAAACCGCUUAGCUGCCAAGGACGUGCAACUUUGUCUGCAGUGGGACAGCCUCUCACGGAGUCUCUUCAGUGGUGCCAUUGAUGGCACGCUCAGCCGAUGGGAUCCUUGGCCGGUGUUUUGGGCACUUCUGCCGUGGAUUCGUAUCGCCACGAGACAAUACGAUCGCAGACAUCGGUAUAGAGGAGCAAAAAGACCAGGGUGGGUGGAAUCCAGAGGUGACCAGUAA